GUAGACGACGAUUUUGGAUCCGCUUGAGUGUUGAGACAAUGACCCGGCCCAACUUCUUGAGUUUAUUUUUAUCUCCAAUGACUGAUGAUCAUUCAACUUUAUGUUUGCUCCACUUGUUCUCUUCUUCAUUCUGAGCUCUUCAGGCGCCGUAGGAGAGCAAUGUCUGGAGCAGAGCAAAGCCACAGAUGGAGCCUUAAGGGCAAGACCGCACUUGUAACCGGUGGAACCAAAGGAAUUGGGCAUGCUGUAAUAGAGGAACUUGCAGGAUUUGGAGCAGUGAUACAUACCUGUGCCAGAGAUGAAUCUCAACUUAAUGAGUGUUUAACAAAAUGGCAAAAGAAGGGUUUCCAAGUCACUGGUUCAGUCUGUGACGCAUCUGUGAGAACAGAGAGAGAGAGCCUAAUGCAGACUGUGUCUUCAAUGUUUGGUGGCAAGCUCGAUAUUCUCAUAAACAAUGUGGGAGCAAUUCGGUCAAAGCCUACGUUGGAUUAUACAGCAGAUGAUUUCUCAUUUCAUAUUUCGACCAACUUAGAAUCUGCUUAUCAUUUGAGCCAGCUUGCACAUCCUCUGCUUAAGACUUCAGGAUGUGGGAACAUUGUGUUCAUGUCUUCUAUUGCUGGAGUUGUAUCGCUUUCUGUUGGCUCCAUCUACUCUGCAACAAAAGGGGCGAUGAAUCAGCUAGCAAGGAAUCUGGCAUGCGAGUGGGCUAGUGACGGCAUUAGGGUUAAUGCUUUGGCUCCUGCAGUUAUUACAACUCCUCUAGCUGCAGCUGUGUAUGAUGAUGAGUUCAAGAAGGUGGUAGUAUCUAGAAAGCCAUUGGGGCGUUUCGGAGAGCCCGAAGAAGUAGCUUCCGUCGUGGCUUUUCUAUGUAUGCCUGCAGCUUCAUAUAUAACUGGUCAGACCAUCUGUGUAGAUGGAGGUCUCUCUGUCAAUGGCUUCUCGUACCAGCCACAAGGUUAAAUCCAAUGUCCAAUAAAGAUGGUCUAAUGGCUUUAAUUUCUUCCAUCUCAUUCUUGCUUCUUUCGAACAAAGACCUACUACUCUCUGUCAAUGCUUUUUUUUUUUUUUGGUUUGUUAAUGGGAAAGGGCAUUUAAUUGAAACCCAAACAAAUAUUUAGUAUUUUUUU